AAAGAUAGUGAAGCCUGUGGGAGAACAGGAAAAUAAAAAGCUUUUUAGUGGGCGGCAAACUGCCUCUUUUUUCGUUGCUUUCUCACUUCUACAUUUCUAGUCUCUAUACAAUCUUUUUCCCACUCCAUUCCCUGUUUCUUUCUCUUUCGUUUUGUUCUUGGCUUCAGUUUUGAGUUUACCUGUUGAUUCUUUCAUUUGGUGACUACCCUUUUGAGUUUUUGAGGCAAGAAAGUAAGUGGUUAAGCUAUGGCUGCUCCAAAACCUGAAGAAAUUAGCUUCCCACCAAUGGACCAACUUCAAGGCCUGGAGUACUGCAUUGACUCAAAUCCUUCUUGGGGGGAGGCCAUCGCUUUGGGGUUUCAACAUUACAUUUUGGCCUUAGGAACUGCUGUGAUGAUCCCUUCGUUUCUUGUUCCUUUGAUGGGUGGAACUGAUGGUGAUAAAGUAAGAGUGGUGCAGACACUACUAUUUGUUGAAGGGAUUAAUACACUUCUACAAACACUGUUCGGAACUCGGUUGCCUACCGUGAUUGGAGGGUCUUAUGCCUUCAUGGUUCCCAUCAUAUCAAUAAUUCACGAUACUUCCUUGAUGAGUAUCGAGGACAAUCACGUGAGAUUUCUAAACACUAUGAGAGCUGUCCAAGGUGCAUUAAUAGUAGCAUCAAGCAUACAAAUUAUCCUGGGAUACAGUCAGAUGUGGGCCAUUUGCUCCAGGUUCUUCAGCCCCCUUGGAAUGGUUCCAGUCAUUGCACUAGUGGGCUUUGGCUUGUUUGACAGAGGAUUCCCUGUGGUUGGUCGCUGUGUGGAAAUCGGCAUUCCAAUGCUUAUUCUAUUUAUAGCCUUCUCCCAGUACUUGAAGAAUUUUCUGACAAAACAACUACCAAUACUGGAGCGGUUUGCUCUCCUUAUAUCAAUCACAGUGAUAUGGGCAUAUGCUCAUCUCUUGACAGCAAGUGGUGCUUACAAACAUCGUCCGGAAUUAACCCAAUUAAAUUGCAGAACUGACAAGGCCAACCUCAUUUCUUCUGCUCCAUGGAUAAAGAUACCUUAUCCUCUUCAAUGGGGUGCUCCUACUUUUGAUGCUGGACAUGCCUUUGGAAUGAUGGCUGCAGUUUUAGUCUCAUUGAUUGAGUCAACCGGAGCUUACAAGGCCGCCUCACGUCUAGCAAGUGCGACACCCCCUCCAGCUCAUGUUCUUAGUCGUGGUAUUGGUUGGCAGGGCAUUGGGAUCCUUUUGAAUGGGCUAUUUGGAACACUGAGUGGGUCAACAGUCUCUGUAGAAAACGUGGGGCUCCUUGGAAGCACUCGUGUUGGAAGCCGGAGGGUCAUUCAAAUCUCAGCUGGCUUUAUGAUAUUUUUUUCAAUAUUAGGAAAAUUCGGAGCUCUGUUUGCAUCAAUACCUUUUACCAUAUUUGCUGCUGUGUAUUGUGUUUUGUUUGGUCUUGUUGCAUCUGUAGGGCUGUCGUUCUUGCAAUUUACGAACAUGAACUCCAUGAGGAAUCUCUUUAUAGUGGGCGUUGCCUUGUUCUUAGGUUUAUCUGUUCCUGAGUACUUCAGAGAAUACACUGCCAAGGCUCUUCAUGGUCCUGCUCAUACGAGAGGCGGCUGGUUCAAUGAUUUCCUUAAUACCAUAUUCUUUUCAUCUCCAACUGUCGCAUUACUUGUUGCUGUGUUCCUAGACAACACACUAGACUACAAAGACAGUGCCAGAGAUAGAGGAAUGCCAUGGUGGGUUAAAUUCCGGACAUUUAAAGGAGAUAGCCGGAAUGAAGAGUUUUACACACUCCCUUUCAACCUCAACCGUUUCUUCCCACCAUCAUAAACUAUUCGUCCUCAAAGUGCUUCAAGGAAAAGCAUCCUCUUUCCAGAAAGAAGAUAUGUGAUGACUGAUGAUCACAGCCUGAAGAAUGAAACAGAGUUUCAUGUGUUCUCCAUUGCUGAGAAACUGCAGCUACCUCUCUCUCCCGUGAUCUGUUAUAUGUAUAUUUGGCUUGGGUUAUUCAGGUUUAAUCCAAUUCUUUUUGUUCGUCGCACUUAGUAAGCAUUAGUUGUUAAGUUGAAGAAUUUUUUGGUUCAAUGUUAGAAAGGGCUUACUGCUUUCAACAUUGUUUGCAAAAGUGACUUUGCAAAAGUGAUCUGCUUUGAACAUUAGUUGUAUGAUGGCAAUAUCUAAUCAACCAUAAUUCUUCUCUAGGCA